AAUAAUAUUAUUAAAAAUUUAUAUAAAUUAAUUGAGGAAAAACUUUUUCGCAAUGAAUUUGGAGUUUUUUUCAAUUGUCAUAUUUAUUGGUCUAAUAAGCGGUAUAACUUCCCAAAGUUUAUCUACAAAGAGACCAUCAGGAAAAACGGGAAAAGCUGCAAAAACGACGCCAUUUCCAUCAACUUCAGCCUUGUAUCGCUUAAACAACCAAAAUGGAGUUACUUGCACUCUUGUUGAAUCUGAUGCCCUUCUUACCAUUCAUUAUUUUGAUAAAGCAGGACAGAAAAAGGAUGUUAACAUGUACUUACCGGAUCAAGUAGAUAUCAAAGGAAAUUGCGGAGAAGAUGAAUCAAGCUUGAUUGUUACACACGAAGGUUUUACGAUGACUUUAUGGUUUGCAAAGACUCCGGGGCGUGAGAGAUGGUAUUUGCGUAACAGCGAAGUGACAUAUUCAACUUCGAAUCCGAAAUUUGAGAAUAUUUAUCGACCUGGCAUUGAUGUUAGAUUAGUUUCUGCUGAAAAUUCGUAUUAUUUUGCAACGCCUGCGGGAAGAUCUUUCCUUUGUGCAAAUGAUACAGUUGUAAAUUUAUCAGGCGUAAGUUUUUUUUUCGUUAUUUUCAUCAGAAAAUGUUCAAAAAUGUAUGAUUUUCAGGAUGAAGAUGAUCGUACAGGUCACACUGCUGAACUUUCGUUACGAAAAGUACAUGUUCAAGCAUUCAUGUUCAAGAAAAAGAAUGCAUGGGGUCCUGAUUUCAUUUGUAGCGCUACAGGAACGUAUCGUGAUGAAGCUGCUCCAUUAUAUACGGGACUUACAUUAGCAUUUGCAGGCGUUGGAACGAUUGCUGGAUAUGGAGUUUACAGAUAUAUGAAAAUCAAAAAAUUCCAAUAUGGAACAAUGGCUUAAAAACGACACGAAAUUUUAUUUCAAGUAUGUAAGAAACCGCGUGAUGUGUAAAGAAAGAUCCGCAACAAUAUUACAUGCAUAUCAUUAGAAACAAAUUAGAAAUUAACCAUAAAACUAUAUGCUUCAUGUUUCUUUAAAAUAUAAGAUAAAAGUGUCGAAAUUCAUCGUCUUCCAUGGUAACAAAUUCAAAUAAAGUCUUCCAUUUACCAAUCAAAAAUUAAUGAAUAAGAAUUGAUGUUUGUUAAAAAAAAAUAUGUAUUAGAA